CAGACAGAGAAGGCGGCGGCGGCGGCGGCGGCGGCGGCUCGGGCGGCGGCCGCGGGGGACAAAGGCGGGCGAUCGCGGGGAGGGGGCGGGGCGCGGCCAGCCAGGCCCGGGGGCUCCGCAUGCUGCAGCUGCCCCCGGGUGCCCCCGCCGCCGCCCACGCCGCGGAACCGCGCGGAGCCGACCCCACGAGCUAACCCCGAGCCGGCGGCCCGGAGCCAGCCGGCGGGCGUCCCGGAGGCGGCGGCGCAGGGAGGGACCCCACGCGCGCACGUGGCCCCGGCGGCCGCCAUGGCGGACAGCGGCCCCGCAGGGGGCGCGGCGCUGGCGGCCCCGGCCCCCGGGCCGGGCGGUGGCGGCGCAGGGCCCCGCGUCUACUUCCAGAGCCCCCCCGGGGCAGCGGGCGAGGGCCCGGGCGGCGCGGACGACGACGGCCCGGUGAGGCGCCAGGGGAAGGUCACGGUCAAGUACGACCGCAAGGAGCUGAGGAAGCGCCUCAACCUGGAGGAGUGGAUCCUGGAGCAGCUCACCCGCCUCUACGACUGCCAGGAAGAGGAGAUCCCGGAGCUGGAGAUAGACGUGGACGAGCUUCUGGACAUGGAGGGUGACGACACGCGGGCUGCCAGGGUCAAGGAGCUGCUGGUUGACUGUUACAAACCCACUGAGGCCUUCAUCUCUGGCCUGCUGGACAAGAUCCGGGGCAUGCAGAAACUGAGCACACCCCAGAAGAAGUGAGGGGCCCCGACCCAGGUGACCGGUGGCUCCCACAGGACAAUCGCUGCCCCCCCAACCUCGUAGCAACAGCAAUACUGGGGAGCCCUGCGGCCAGGCCUGGUGCCACUGAACGGGGCUCCCCGUGCCCCUGAUUCAGGGGCCCCUUCCCCGCCCCUCAGUUUUACACUUUUGGGGUUUUUUAUUGUUAUUAAACUGAUGGGACUUUU